UCCGCGUAGUGCCGCCGCCAGUCGCGCUGCGACCCGCACCGACGUCGCAUCUUUUUCGCGUUUCGCUCGUGACGACGAUCUUAUGAUAUCAUUCAUGCUAAUCUCCGCCCGUUGAUUUUCCUGCCGAGUGACCGCAGUGAGACAGACGCGAUAUCGCGAGUGCUGAAUAUUAGUGGACGUCUCAGCCGUGUAUUUUUCCAUCGGAAUACGAGCGUACUUACAAAACCAGUUCAGAGAGGAGGACGGCGCCUUCGGAUGAGAUCUCCGACCGAGAAUCGUCGUGACUCGCGGCCUGAGAUGCUGCGCCCGUGACCGUCUUGCGACAGUGCCACGAAACCUCGUCCAAUGAUCUCGGCGAGCCUCCCCGGCGAGGCGCUGGUCCAGCUGGGACAGCUGCAGCUGAGCCAUCUUUAUCCGCCACAAACCAUGACGCCGGAGUUCCUAGCACCACCGCCGCGCCCCUAUCCCCGGUACGCGCCGCGGCGGCCGCGAGACCCUAUGCCUGCGCCACCGGCGCCUGCGCCCUUCGCACCCGUACCCAACGCAUACGCGCCUUUUCUCGCGCACCCGGCUUCCUACGCCUCAUACCUGUACAGAGCGCGUGCGCCGCAACCUCCGGCAUAUCCUCUGCGUCCGCGGCCGACCUCCGGCUUCGUGCCACCGUCCCCAGCCCCUCACUCGCCACAUUCUCCACCAGUAUCGAUACCGGCGCCCCAACCUACUUCCAGAGAGGAACCUCCCACAUCUCCUGAGCGUGGCGCGCCUGCUCCGUACUUCUGUCGGGGAGCACUAAUAAGGCUUGAGGACGGUACGCUGAGGCGCGUUGAGGAAAUGCGUACGGAGGAUUUUGUGAUGAGCGCAGAACGUACUGGUGACCUCGCGCUCACACAGUGUACGCUACUGCGACUAGACGAGCGCGGUGACCGCCUUGCGCUUACCCUUACAUAUGAUAGGAAUCGCUCACAGGUGGAGCUAGAAUCGACAGUAGAACAUCCAUUCUUCGUUUACGGACGUGGGUGGGCCUCAUGUAAACCGGAGCGUACUCUGGCACGAUACGGACUGCGAGUACAGAGGUUACAAGUUGGUGAUGUGUGUGUGUCUCUAGUUGCACGUAAGCACACAACACCUACAACAACAGUAGGAACGAGUCUCGCAGCAGCACCACCACAAACGCAUCCAGAAAACCUCAGUGUGAAAGAGGAUGCUCGCAAACGCCGUUGGUCCGCCUCUGACGUCUUGGAAGACGGUCCGCCUUUAAAAAAACGUUGAACGAUAAUUUACGCCGUCGCUACGAAAUAAAUUGAAUCUAAUUCACUGUUCAUUUAGACUUAAGGCCUCGCCUUUAAAAUCUAAACUGUUUUAUAUUUAACACGAGGUUCGGGACUGAUACCGUAAUUGUUAAUAGUAAUAGCUUUUACCAUGCAAAUUGAUCUAUAGGUAGACCAUAGAUAGAUCGCCCCAGCGAGCUAAGUUACAUUUGAACGAAACGUUUUAAUGACAAUGUGAAGUUUCUGCAGCGAUCGGCGUUCCACAAUUGUACGCUUAAUAUUCUAUUCGGAAACUAGGUGCUUUUUUCUGUCGGGUGCUUCUAUACGCAUUUGUGUACAAUACUGUAAAUAUAUAACUUAGGCCAACAUACACAACAAAUAUAGCGUAAUGUCUCAAAGUUAUUGAAAACUACGCGAAAUGUAACUAGUACCAUCCUGUUAGCGAAAAGAAAUAACUCGUUAAAUAUCCUGAUAUAUUAUUAUAUUUUUGAAAAACCUUGAAUAAGUAUUCGAAAUAAAGAUUAGUAAAGAAAAGUUCUGCUAAUUUAAAAUCGUUUAGGAUGUUGCCAGUUACAGCGUCUGUAGUUAAAUCGUUAACGGUGUAUGCUACACUUCUAAAAAGCUCUCGAUUAUGCUCAAUAGGUGCUAAUGAUUUUGCUACAAGAUACCUACAUAUAAGAGUAGCGGAUAUAUAUCCAUUUUAAAAUGACUUAAAUCUAUGCAACCAAAGUUAUAUUAUAAAACUUGGAUUUAACUUUAAAAAACAGGACAGUUCUGUGGCGAUACGAUAUACAUCAUUAUAUACACCUGAGAUAGCAAAAUCAAACUAAAAUAUGGUUCUUCUGCGAGGCAACCAAUUUACAUGAGCACAAAAGAACAUAACUAACAAAUCUUAAUGUAGGUUAGAUAUUGUGAUAACUUAUGAGACUUAAAAUCUACCGUUACAGCAGUGCAUGUUUUAAACAAAAAAGGUACAAUGAACGAUGGGUCGUUAAUAGACGUGAUGUGCUUAAAUCUUACUCGAUUGUAGUUUCGCGGGUUUCCUGGAUUUUGUUUAACGAGCAGUCAUGUUGGUUUCGUUGUUUCCAUGGUUGUGACUGCAGACAUAUCCGCACGCUGUGUCGUUACCUUUUUAUUAUCUUGCUCGAUAGAGCGGGUAUUCAUUCAAACAAAUGUUAAUUUGUUAAUUUAGAAGUUAGGUAUUUCGACGACUGUAGGUUCUCUGCUGAACUAAAUCUUCUGACAAAUAAUUUGAUGUUUAAUAUGAAUGUUGUUAAUACCAAUUAUAUAUUGUAUAAAGAAAUAUGUCUAAUGGUCAUGGUUUUUAGAUGCCAUCUCUAUUGGUUUUUGACGUCCAUGUGUGAAACACACAUAACUUUUCUAUGAGAAGAUGUAUACAUAAUAAACACACCGUCUGUGAUAUUUUGUAGUUAUUGGUCAGAAUAGGUAUGAAGUAUUGCUUGAUUAAAAAUAUAUAUGUAUUUAGAAAUAUAAGUGCGUUAUUGGUAAGAAAAUGUAUAGUUAUUGUAUACUCGAAAGUAAUACGCAGAUUAACUAAAAAACUUAUAUAAAACAAGUAGAGUCUGUGAUUAAAUAUACAUAUAUCGUUAUAAAUAUAACGAAAAAAGUAUGGCCAUAUCAUUAUCAAAAUGAUUUAUAUAUUAAGUAAUCAUGGUAAAGUUUUAACAAUAAUUACUGCAGAUUAAGUUUUAUUUUGCAUUAAAUGAAAAAUAUUACAAUUUUUACAUACCACAUUGAUCUUAUGUUGGCAUAUUUAAGGGAAUUUAAGUUUACUUGUAGUAAUUCUAAAUUCUCUUGCAAUUAGUUUUAUCUUUUGCUUAUGCCAAUUAGAAAUAAAUAUAAAAGAUAUGUAUAUAAAACACCGUAAUUUUCAACGACUCGCAAAACCUUCCGUAACUAUAAAAAAAUCCAGCCAAAAACAGCGUGGAAAAGGAUGGUUAGAUUUUGAGAAAGUUUCAUUGUACCAUAAACUAUUACGUGCUUGUUAAUUGUAUGUUGAAGUAUAUUAACCGACCGUGUUAGCGUAUAAUGAGCAUCGUCGGCGGCGGACGGUGUUGUAAAAAAUUAAAUUAAUAAUUUGUUGUAUAAUAUAUGUAAUUCUAGUUUUAUCGUCUUAUUAUUAUUAUUAUUUGUAAUGUAAUGAAAGAUCUCAUUUUAUUAAUCGGUAUUUUCUAACAAGGCGCUUUCAUUAGAUCAUGACUAAGCCUACCUCACAAACUUUAAGACUCGGUGAGCGCUGUGACAAACCGGGACGUCUGAUCGACUCCCGCACGAGUGACGUCACGCAAGCCAGUCGCUAUCAAGUCUAAGCAAGAUCUCAAUUUGAUGAAAAUAAACUUUUAAAAAGACUGGGACGCUUUACUGAAUGUUGUGGGAUAGUAGUUUCUUCGAAGAUAUUACUUAAAUUAUGAAGAUAGGAGCAUUUAUUUUGUAAACGGGCGCGCGACGCUCCGGUUUAGACAGGAUGGACAAUCGUUUAGUACAAAAUUCGUUACAAAAAGUAUUAUUUCCCAAAAUCCAAAUUCAAAAGUAUUAAUUUAUUUUUCAUUGAGAGGUGCUACGAGGUUAUCGAAGUUGUUAAAGCACAAUCGCGAAUGGUACGAAACUUUUAAGCUAAGUUUUAGCGUUGAAUGUAAUUAAAUAGUUAUUGGCACAAUCGAUGUUCUUCCGCGCCUUUGAUUAUAUUUAGUGCGUCAAUUAUUUUUAAAGCAGAAUUUGUGUGAUUCCCUGCAGUUAAAGCGUGGGCACCCAUUAAUUAAGUCAUUCCUUUGCACAUAUUUAUAAAAGUUAGUUGUUUCCUUUGUUUAGACACAAAUUAUGAAAUUUGGUCCAAUGUAUUUUGCCACUCUUCUUAAGCGGAUCCUGUUGUUACUAGGGCGGGAAAACGCUAGGCAGAAGAAGUAUUUUGCCACUCUAUAAAAAAAAUACAUUUACUAUGAAAGUAUUUUUAUUAUUUUCUUGCAUAAUUAAGAAUAUAACAUAAUGCAAAAUAUCGAAGUUUAUUUGUAACAUGUUCCUAAUUAUUUCCAUUUCUUAUAUAUUUGUACAGGAAUUUGGAUAAAAUAACAUUUUUUAUCAUGGAUAACUUUUUAUAUAUUUAAAGUCAAAAGUAUAAAUAUAAGUUAGCAUUAUGUUAUAUACAAUAUUCAUAGAAUUAUCCAUUUUAUAAACGAUGAUAUCCGCGUAUUUAAUAAAACCUCUACUUCUACACUGGUUGCAUUGCAUACUUUUGCCUACUUGUAAUUUUCAAAUCAAAAUUGUUGUGUUAUAAGAAUUUAGGGUGCGUGAUUGUUUGAGUGGCUGUUUAAUUAGAAUAUAAAUACAAUAUAAUACAGUGAAUAUUGCAAUAUAUCUAAUGUAAUUGUUUUCACGUUGCCAAUGUUAAGGAACGGCCAGUAAUGGUUACAAUUGUAAUAUUACUUUUGCAACACUAAUAGAAUAUAUUUUGACACAAAUGAUUGUGCCAUCCUUUACAGUCUUAUCAAUAUUCUAUAGAUUAUCAUUGUUUCUGGUAAGAUACUGACCAAAGAGGUUAGGCCUCAAUAUAUAUUUGAUAUUAUUUCAUCUUACCAUAAAUAAUUUUGUGAUAACAUAUUGAGAACAGAUUAUAUAAUAAAAUAUAUUUAAUUGAAUUUACCAUCGAAUUCGCAACUAAGACCAAUCCUUGGACUCUGUUUUCAAUAUGUAUUAAACUAGAGAAUGGGAAAUGUGUCAUUUAAAUAAUAGAUAAAUAAAUAUAAAUUGUUAUAUAAUUAUAUGACAAAUAUGGCAAAUAUUAUAUAUAUAUUUUAUUGUAUAGCGAAAUGAGUACUAUUUCAGAUUUAAUGUAAAUGAAAAAUGUUAUAAACCGAGAUAUGUUAAAACUAAGUUAACUGUUUGUAAAAAGAAAGAGAGAAUAUGUAUAAUUGAAUAUUUGCUA